CCUCUCUCCUCUUUUCUCCCCGCUCUCACUCUCUCUCUCUCUCUCUCUCUCGCCUUCUCUUUCCCUCUCUUCCCUCAUCUUCGAUCGGAAGCGGAAAUUGGACGAUUCGAGCACAAGCCCUUCUCAACCCCGCUUCGUCGAUCGCUGUCGCCCUUGGAAACCUUCUCGCCCUCCGACUCAGGUAUAGUUUUUGAAUAGCGCGCUGUACGGAACUGUGGAUUUCACUUCCUAGGCUUUGGCAAGAAGGGGUUGCUUUGUUUGGGUUCUUUUUACUUGGCAUUGUUAAAUCUCUGGGGUUGAAGGUAGUGGUAGGAAAUUGAGCUACUUGGAACUUUGGCACGCAUCUAGAAAGUGGUUUUGCCUUUCUGGUUGAUAAGUUUUUUGUGCAUUUUGUCAUUGGGAAUGAGUCUGGAGAAUGAGGAGCAGUUGGUGCUAGAAUCUCUGCCUGAAAGUAUAUCUGAAUGUCGAAAGCAGUCAAAAAUAUCCUACACCAAAGAUUUUCUUUUGUCGCUCAGUGACUUGGAUAUUUGCAAGAAGUUGCCCAGUGGGUUUGAUGCUUCAAUUCUGAGUGAACUUGAAGAUGCUUCUAAUAGCAUACUUGAGCGGCAAAGAGGUCUAGGAGGCUUACCUUUGCAGGGUUCAAACCACAAUGACUAUGCCUCAUUACCAUUAAAUAGGUGGGAUGGUUCAGAUAGUUAUUCUCGAGGAAGCUCAGGUAGGUGGGACACCCGUUCCUCUGGUUCGAGUGAUAGAGACGGGGACUUUCAGUCAGACCGUGAAUUGUUUAUGCAAGAUGCUGAUAGGCGACCCGGAAACCCAUCUCGACGUUUCUGGCAACAUCCAGAGCAUGAUGGACUUUUGGGAAGUGGUGCAUUUCCAAGACACUCAGAAUCAAAGGCUCGGGGAAGUAAUCAUUAUCAGCUCAAUAAGAGUUCUGAACCUUAUCAGCCCCCACGACCAUAUAAGGCUAUGCCUUUUCCUCGAAAAGACAGUGAUUUCUGUAAUGAUGAAACAUUUGGUUCUGCUGAAUGUUCAAGUCAGGAAAGAGCAGAGGAGGAAAGAAAGAGAAGAUCAUCCUUUGAGUUAAUGAGGAAGGAGCAACAGAAAGCACUACAAGAGAAGCAAAAGCAUUAUAAUAACAAAGAAAAGCUUGAUGCUGAUAUUAUUGCACUAUUAGAGAGUUCUGUUGACAAACAAGUCACAAUGAAUGGAAAUGACAAGUCCGAUGACUCUUUGACAUCUUCCCUUUUCCGGCAUGAUUCUUCUAAGUCUUCUUUUGUUCCUCAAGCCCCUGCAUCUAGGCCACUUGUACCUCCUGGUUUUGCAAAUGCACUAGUGGAGAAAAGUCUAUCUGUGCAGUCUUCAAGCACUUCCCUUGAAUCAGAGGCUAGAAGUGCUGUUGUGGGGGAUAAGAUUCCUCUAGAUGGCAUGUAUAAAGAUCAAGAGAAAAGAAAUCAGUCAGCUGUGUGCAUGAAUGCCAAUGUGCAGAAAAGUGGCUUCAUGAACACUUCUGUUUUCUUUGUAAAUGAAAGCUCGUCAACAAAUGCGGAAGUUGUUAAACCUUCGAUUGGUUUUGAAAAUGCGGCCACUAUGACAUCUGGUCUUCAGAAAGUCAGUGAAGUUUGGGAAGAUGAUAGAGUGAAUGAUUUUUCCAACGAAAAAGAGGCAAAGUCUGAGAUUGUGAAUACAGUGGGUCAGGAUCAUUCUACCUCAAUUCUGGAAAAGUUGUUUGGCAGUGCUCUGGCAAAAAAUUAUGAAAGUUCGCCUACUUAUGUUGAGAAUCAGGGUCUCAAAACAUAUGAGGAAACAUGGAGCCCUGUAGUAUCUGAAUCUUCUAAGUUUGCUCGUUGGUUUCUUGAAGAAGAAAAAAAUUCCGUGGAAGAGUUUUCAUCCAGGGACUUGCUCUCUUUAAUCGUCAAUGAGGAGAAAGUAGGUUUGCAAACACCUGCAAUUUCUAAUGGCAAAGCUGCAGGGCAUAUCCCACAAAGCUUAGCUUUUGAAAAUAAUGAGCUCUUUACAUCUCCUGCAACUUCCUCUAUAGCUGGGAUAUCUGAACAGUAUAAUCAAGGUGCUAGGCCCGAUUCAAGUGUUGUUGUGCUUACGUGUGAGGACCUUGAGCAGUCCAUCUUGGCUGAGGUUAAAGAUAGCAGUUCAACUUUACGGCAUUCUGUACAGGGAGCUGGGACUUCGUUAGAUGGUAAAUCUGAAGAUCAGGGAACUAAUAUGGAUGAUCAUGCAUCCCAACAUCUUCUUUCUUUGUUGCAGAAGGGAACAAAGAAUGAUGCGACGGCAUCUCCUAUGUUAGGUAUGGAAUCCUAUGAUAGAAUCUCCAUCUCAGAUGUGAAAACGGAUCUCAAUCUUGGGGGUGUUGAGAAUUCUACUGCAAGCAAUUCUGAAAGAGUCCCUGGUUCUGAGAAGGCUCUGAUGCUAGAAGCAUUAUUUGGGGCAAAAUCUAUGUAUGAGCUCCAUUCUGUGGAAGCCCCAGUCUCAGUUCAUAGAGGUUCAGCUGGAGGGCUUAAUGACACCGAGGCUCCUCUGUCACAUGGACGACCAAUUUCUCAUACAGAUGUUUUCUUCUCUUCUAGUUCAGGUGAGUAUCAAUCCAGCAAGACCGUUCGUGAAGAACAAAUGGUUACUUUAAACCAUAUUCAGGAAGCAAGAGGCUACAAUAUUCUGGGUCCUGGGAUAGAUCACAGAGACUCUCCUACUGAGGGUUCAAAGCUUGGCAGUGCCGGUGCUGAAGAGGGAGCUCUGGAGAUUCACCUGCCAGAAGAGGACGGUUUGAUCACAGUGAGUGACUCUUUGGACACUAUAACCUCUGACCUUUUGCCCCUUAUGAAUGCAAAUAAUACCAAGGAGCUCUUACAUGAAAAGACUGUGGAAGAACUCGAUGAUAAAUUGCUUAACAAUAUUCCCAGAGAUGUGGAACAUAUUCAAACACUUGGUCUCGAUGGCCUGCCUCAUUUACGCGGCCAGUUUGGCGUUGUUGAUUCUGAUAACCUUUAUCAUGAUUUACAGGGUAGGCUAUCUUUGCAGUUACCUCAUCUGAUGAAUCAGCCAAGGCCUUUAUUGCAGCAAUUGGGUCAACUCGCUAAUAGGAAUCAUGAUCCACAGCAUCCUUUUCCUGCUAAUGUUAUUCCUCAUCAUGCUUUCAACAAUGCUAGUGAUCCACGGUUUGAUCCUGCUGCUCAUCAUCUGAUGUUACAGCACAUGCCACUUCCAGGAAAUUUCCCACCACAAUACCCAUUUCAGGGAAUUCCAAGAGGUUUACCGCUAUCUCAUCCCAUCAAUCACAUGCCAGGUUAUUUACCUGAGAUGGGCAAUGUACAUAAUUUUCCAAUGCCCCACCACCAGCCAAACAAUGGUGGCCUUGGAAUGGGAAUGCCAGGAGCUGUUGCCGGGGUUGGUAUGGGUGGUCACCCAGAGGCGCUUGAAAGGCUGAUUGAAAUGGAAAUGAGAGCUAAUUCAAAGCAGAUCCACCCUGCAGCAGCUGGUCAUAUUCCAGGUAUUUUUGGUCCUGACCUCGACAUGAACUUCAGGUAUAGAUGAUUAUGGAAGAGCUCCAAGUCAUGUUAACCUCAGAGUUUGUGGAACCCCUUGUUUCUAGGGAUGCGGGGUGAAUUUAUUUACCCUCUAAUGCUGGUGUAAUCUGUAGUGUAGGAUAUAAUUUCAAAUAGCUUCUGGAUGAGGUCUGGGUUUGUUCUCAUUUCCCAUUCCCAAAACAAAUAUCAAAAUGAAAAAUCAAGAGUUAGCGUGAAAGAAGGAUAGGAGGGAUAUGGUGGUGACGCAUCUGAGACGAAGUCCCCAUGUAUAUAUCAAUCAAGAGUUUUUCAGUGUUGAUAGCUUAUUAGAAUGCAGAUCUAAAAGCUGGUCUCAGCAUAUAUACUUGCUUAGUAUGACGGGCAAAGGCCUUUUUAAAUGUUUGUGAGAAGAAACAGCUGGGUUUGUACGAACAUUGAUGCUAUGCUAAAACCCUUUUGGAAAUCUGGUCUCUGUUAA